AGUCCCUCCAUUCAUUUCACUCGCGUACAGUCGCAUCCUAGCAGCGAACCCUCCCCUCCUGUUUCUCUCCGCCUGGAAAGAUGGCUGCUCCGGCGGUAGUGAGAAGCUCCGGCCCGGCGCUCUGCCCGAGCUUCGCGGAGGUCUGUUCGUUCCUGGAGCGAUACGGAGCGGCGCUGGAUCUGCCCGAGAUGACUUUCCCGCAGAUGGAGCGGUAUCUGCGGGACACGACGACAGUAUCUAAACCCCUUGUGGAGCUCCACGUGAAGCUGCUCAGAAAACUGGGGAGGUCUGUGUCGACUGACCGCUGGGAAAAGUACCUGGCCAAGGUUUGCCAGGAGUUGAACAGUACCUGGGCAUGGGAGCUGGAACAGAAGGGCUACCAGGAGAUGUCCAUGGAGUGCAAGUCGAGCAUCCUCAAAUAUCUCUGCGAGUGUCAGUUUGAUGACAACCUGAAGUUCAAGAUGGCGAUCAAUGAGGAGGACCCAGAGAAGAUGCGUCUGCAGCCUAUAGGUCGGGACCAGCAGGGCCUGAUGUACUGGCUCCAGCUGGACCAGGAGCAGAACAUCCGGCUGUACACGGAGGAGCAGGAUGAUCUGGAUGGAUCCACCUGGAAGUGCAUUGUCAGGUCUCGUAAUGACCUGGCUGAGGCUCUGGAGCUGCUGAAGGCUCAGAUUGAUCCAAACCAGAAUCAGGACCACGACCAGAACCAGGCUGGAUCCAGGAGUGCCAGCCCAACAGAGAAAGGUGCAGGGGAUAAGGCCAUAGGAAGCACCAAACCCGACCCCUCCGAGACCACAGAGGAACACGUAGAGAGUAAGAAGGUUGACCCUGUAAAGGAAGAGAAACCCCCAAGACAAGUGGUAAAGCCGGAGCAGACACAGACUAUCAAGCGGGAAAACACUGAGGCUGAGGUAAAAGAAGAUAAGACAGACCACAAACUCCCUGCCUUUGAUAACCGCGUGAGCACGAUCACCACCAUCGUCAAAUCAGAGUCCAGAGACACCGACGCCCCGAAAAACGCUGUGUCGGUUGUCAUGGCACCAGGUGCAACAGUGACAAAACAGGAAAUGAGCAAAGAGGAGGAAGCAGGGCGGGCAGUCGUCAGGAGCAACCAGCAGGCCAAGAUACCGCUGAAGAAGAGGGAGCUUAAGCUUGCAGAGAGCUACCACAGCAACCACCUUAACAACAAUAGCAGCAGCAGUAGUAUUAUUGUUUGUAACCCUUCAGUGAUCCAGAGCAAGGACAGUCAUGGAAGAGAAGGGAAGUUACCUAACUCACCAGCGCCCCCCGGCGGUCCACUUGUCUCGCAGCAGCAGCAGCAGCAGCAGCAGCAGCAGCAGCUAGUGGUCACUGCAUCCAGACAAGAACUGACCAACGGGAGAGCAUCUCUCCUCCUGCCUCACAAAGAGGGACAAAAUGGAGUCAUGGGGGUCAUAGGUCAAGUCGGCCUUGUAGGUCACGUCGGCGUCAUCCGAAGCCCAUCUGAGCGUCACAGAGCCCCCGGUGCUGAGCAGCAAGAACAAAAUGGGCCGAGUUUAGACCACUGGGGCUCUAGACCUGUGGAGGAAGAGAGAGAGGUGAGUCGGCAGUCGGUGCUGGUAAGGAAGGGACCUGUUGAAGGGGAGACGGCAGCAGCAGCAGUAGCAGCAGCAGCAGCAGCAGCAGCAGCCACCGCUCUUCUUCCUCAUGCCGAGAAGGAGGCUCAGACAGCCAGAAAGCUACCGUUGUCAUCCUCAAAAUCUGAUCAGCCCCCUGAAGCUGCAGAGAGAAGAGCGGAUUCUGUUAGCAUUUCUUUGCUGUGUCAUUCCACAGAGGAACCCAGGAGACAGACGGCAGAAGAGCAGGGUAGAAUCACGACAGAGGGACAGUUAGACAAGGGGACAAAAACUGGGCACAGCAGUCAUCAACAGAAGGAUGACGAGGUGGAUGAGAGGGAGGAGAGGAGGAGAGAAGUGUCUGGGCGCCCUUUGGCAGAAGAAGAAAGUAAAGAUGACCAUGAAAUGAAAAAAAGCAAUUUAGGGAAGGUGGAGGCAGAAUCAGGGGGCACCAUUCCACCUGCAAAAGGAGAUCAGAAAGAUGAGAAGGACCACCAGGACCACCGGGGAGAUGGGGUCAAUGGUGGGCUGGCAGCACAGGUUAGGAUGAAAGACACUGGGCUUGGAUCGGAGGAGAGGCAGGGUCCCCUGGAGGAAGCUUCGUCUGAGCUCCAGAAAGAAGGAAUCAGGCUGAAGAUAAAGAUUCCUCCCCACAGGAGAAACAAGUUGAGGGGGAAAGGGGGAAAGGAGGAGGAGAAAGAGAGGGAGCAGGAGGUGCAAGAGGAAGGGAGGCCGCUGAGGAGAUCUGCAAGGAUUUGCAGAUCAUCUGCUUUGCCAACCUGCAGGCCGAGCUCGAAGGCGGCUGAGAGCCAGAGAAAGAAACCACAAAGGAAACAGUCGCUGCCAACCAGAACGAGGGAAGAAGAGGAAGAGGAGGAACAAGAAGAGGAAGAGGAUGAUGAGGAGCAGAGUUCAGCCGCAAAGAAAGACAGUAAAGCAGAACCUGCUGGGCAAAUUAGGAAACGAAGGGGUAAACGGAGGCAUCGACGUCCCCGAUGGUCCAACAUUCGCUCCAAGAGACGUAAACUGAAUGAGGGAGGGGAGGUCGAGGACAGAGGGAGGAAACGAGGAGAGGAGGAGAGCGAAGGAGGGAGCGACUCAGAAGAAUCCUGUAAAUCAGAGGAGAUUCCCAGUGAGGACGCCUGCACUCACUGUGGCCUGCCCAAUCAUCCUGAACUGAUUCUGCUGUGUGACUCUUGUGACAGUGGAUACCACACUGCCUGUCUGCGGCCGCCGCUCAUGUUGAUCCCGGAUGGAGAGUGGUUUUGUCCACCCUGCCAGCAUAAGCUGUUGUGUGAGAAACUGGAGGAGCAGCUGCAGAACCUGGACAGUGCUCUUAAGAAAAAAGAGAGAGCAGAGAGGAGGAGGGAGCGGCUGGUUUAUGUGGGAAUCAGUGUGGAGAACAUCAUUCCUGAGGGAGAUGAGGAGGAAGAGGAGAAGUCAGCAAAGAAGAAAGAUUCCAAAAAGAGUAAAAAUCUGGGGAGGAGGUCAACCAGAACCAGGAAACACAUCAGCUACAGGUUUGAUGACUUUGACGACGCCAUUGAUGAGGCUAUAGAGGAGGACAUCAGAGACAUCUGUGGCGGAGCAGGGCGAGGCAAAGACAUCACCGCCAUCUUGUCGGAGGACGGGAAGGAGAGCCAGCGGCCAAUCAGAAGCCAGGCUCAUUCCGCCAGGAACAGGAAGAAGCGGAGACUGAAUGACCUGGAGAGUGACAGCACAGCAGCAGAGAGUGAAGACGAGUUCAUGCUCAGCAACAGCUCAGAGGAUGAAGAUUUCGGUGCGACAGGGGUGGAUGAUGAUGAGGAGGAAGAUGAAGAUGCUGGCAGCGACAUGGGCAGUUGGGACAGCGGGACCCGCCCCAAACGUGCGUUGAGGGGGGUGCCUAAACACCAACCCGGCAAGACCCAACACAGGGGCAGGAAACGGCUGAGACGGCGGCGGAGACGCUCCUUCCAGGAAGAGGAGGAAGAAAGCGACGAAGAAAUGGACUCGGAUCAGUUCAGCGACAUGACUGACAGUGACGCUGACAAAAAGAGGCGGGGUCUGAGGCGGGGCCAGCGCCAGCAGGUCAACUACCGCGAGACGUCAGAGUCCUCGGACAACUCCGGGGCCACUUCUAAAAGGCACGAGGUUAAACCCCGCGGCAGACCACGCAAGGAGCAUCUGUCGAGCGACUACAGCGAUGUGUUGCCUUCUUCCAGAGACUCGGAGGAGGAAGAUGAUUACGAAGACGAAGAGGAAGACGACCAGAGACGGAGAGCGAACAGGAGGAGAAGAGAGGAGGAAGACCUCCGGAGAAACAGGAUGAGAGAAAAGCGGAGGAGAUACGAAGACGACGAGGACGAGGAGGACGACAGAGAGAGAGGGAGGCGGCUGAAAAGGAAAUUGUUAGAGAAGGAGGAGGACAAAGACAAGCGGAGGAGAUUAAAGAGGACAGGCAGAGAAGAGGAGGACCUGGAGAAGAUGGGCAGGGGAAAGAGGAGGGAAUUACUUUCACAGCAGCGGCGCAAACGGCUCGCCCAGAUGCUGAAGAAACGGCGGCCUUCGACGGACGAUGAGGAUGAGGAGGAGUCAGAGGAAUCGGAGUCGUCAUCGGAAGAGGAUCGUCCAGUCCGCAAAAGACUCAACCGCAUCGACUCUGAUGAUGAUGAAGAGGAAGACGAAGAGGAAGAGGAGGGGAGACAGAAGAUGACGACCAAAAAGUUGACAGUCCUAGAGAGGAGGGCCGAGAGCGAUGCUCAGGAAAAGGGAAGGGGCCGUAGCCUGUCUCCGUCAAACAGACAUCGGACCUCCAGAGGCCCGGCGAAGCCCGGGGCUGGGAGUCCCGCCGUGCCCAGGGACAGUGCAGGAUCAGACAGGCAGGGCAGGCACAAUGGCCCCUUCCAUCCAGAAGAGGAGGAGGAGGACGAGGAGGACGAGGAGGACGAGGAGGAGGAGGGCCAGACAGACUCACUAAACUCUGUCCAGAACAGUCCGCAGUCGUGAUGGCUGUGUUUGUGUGAAUAACGCUCGCUUCUUUCUUUCAGUUUUUUCUUUUAACUGUCAGGCCUUUCACCCACAAGCCACCUUUGAAACUGGAUAUCUCUCUCCUUCCACCUCUUUCUCUCCCCCCUCAUACUCCCCCGUCUUGCUCUUCCUCCUCGCUGUUGUAUCGUGGUAGAGUGCUAUCCACCAUCACAUACUGUACGCCACAGCGGAAACUCACGAGUACCCGUUCGCACUCAUUGUCACAUCUGGUAGAACGUAACAGCCAGCAAGCCGGACCAAAAGCAUCCUCACAGCAGGACUGGCAGCACUUCAUGUUUUCGUGACCAUUUCCCUGAACUCUUGAGUCACGGACGUCUUUCUGGUGGGUCCGUGUGACAGGACGAUAGUGGUUUCAUCUGAUUUGUGCCCCAUCGAAUUGGACACAGCAGUCUAUUUGUAGUGUACCUCAUCCUUAAGCACUUCAUCAUUCUCAUAGCACUUAAUAACCUGCCGCCAAGGAGAGUGCCAGUGUUAAAUCGAACACUUUGGAUCAGGUGACCUGAUGGAUAGAGAGGCUAGAUUUAAUCCACACAACAGAACUGUCACAACAGUACAACAAAGCGUAGUUUCUCACUUCCCGCUAGUGGUUUCUCCCGUGCAGGUAGCUUUGGUUUGACCCAAACAUUGUUGCGGAGGAUUUUCUGCCUCCGGUCCAACGGAAGUUUGAGGACCAAAAACAAAGUUACGGCGUUUUUCAUUGUUGUAGUGCAGUCCUGAGAAAUCGCCCAGUAGCCUAACGUAGACGUGUAUGUAACAUAUCUGCAGCGUCCAUGGUUUGACCGCCGGGCGGGAGACACUGGCCGUCAAACGGGGCAAAAAGCCAAAAAAUGAUCUUUAAAAAAAUGUUCACAAUAACCUGUUUUUAACUACCAUUUUUUUUUUUUUUUUCAGCGCAGUGAGCACCACAAACUAAAUAAUGAUUCAUCCCCAUUGUGUUGGCGUGAUGGCAAAAUCUCAGUCAGAUACUUAAAAACCUGCAGAAAUAAAAUCAAAGAUAUCUGCUUGGUCAGAGGUAAAUAAGAAAACCUUUUUUUUUUCUUUGGUUGAAUCGACCCUUGAAUCAAGGUGCUUCUGGCAGGUUAUUCUGGGUAAGAUCAUGACCCAAACAUCAACAAACAUUUAACUUAGUCUAAUGAAGGCGAGACCCUGACCACUGAAACUAGUCGGGGCCCAGUUCAGGGGCAGGAUCCACUGCUCCUCCUCCUCAAAUGAGUCGUUCAGACUCAGGAGAGCGCAACAGUAAUGGUGCGUUCGGGUGCUCGUCGUCAACUUGUGAAGUCAGCCGUUUUCAAUUUUAAACUUAAAGGAUGGACAACAGGCAAACAACGAACCAUGUUUAUUGUAAGUUUUAGAGCUGAAAAAAUUAGUCGAUUAAUCGAUUUGAUCAAUCGACGGAAAAAUGAUCUGCAACUAUUUUUCUAAUCCAUUAAUCGUUAAAACCUUUUUCUUUAAGCAAAAAACACCAAACACCUGAUUCUAUUUACAGCUUCUGAGUAGUGAGGGUUUUCUGCUUUCCUUUGCCUGAUGUGAUGGUAAACUUCACUAAUAACCUUUAGUUACAUCCCUGGUAAAUAUAUUCAUAAAACUCGUAAUGAACAAUGUUUUUCCAGGGCAACCUGAAUGCAAAUACUCGGCAAAUCGGCGAGUUGACGAGCUGACGAGGAUCGCCUGAACGCAUUUUAACAAAGCGGCCACUGGGGCCCUUGUGGUAUUUUAGGAAAUGCUCGUUCUUCAAAUUCAGACUCUGGAGGAUCCGGUCGAUUAAACUGAGUUUUCCAGUCACCCAAACUGGACGUAAAGGAAAUACGAAUGCAUUGACAGCAACCUCUUCAGAACGUUGAAUCUCAGCAGUUGCAGAAUGAUACUUAUCCAUUUGACACCGAGAGCUGAAACAAGCACACGCUGGAUCACUCCGGAUCCGGGACCUUCUUUCCAACUGUCAAAGUGUUCGGUUUCAGACUGGUCGCUCAUGUGUUCCAUAUGUUCACAGAACCUUGGUUUGGUGGGAACACGUUUGCUGUACAUACUUUGCCUGUGCGCUGUUCCUUGUAAGAUAAUAGAUGUUCUGUUCUUAGUCCUCUUGUAAAAUAUAGUGUUAUAUUUUCUAUAUGAAGGAGAGGAGUUGAGAUGCUGCUGUGGGUGAUGUGUGGAUCAAUGGGGUUUCAGCCGCGAGUCCGUCGACGGUUUGCUUGUUGGAGAUUCUGUGGCCGCUGAUUCGUGUGAAACGGAGCCCGUUCACCAGUAAAAUGUCACAGAAUUGUUACAAAGAGCCGAAUACUGCUCACCUUCAGCCCCGUGUUGUACACGUUCAAAGGUUUUUAACAUUUCGUAUCCCUGAAGGGGACCCCGGGAGUUUUUAAGAAGGAACAAAGCUUUAUUUUUUUGAUUGAGGCUCAGGGGAGGACAAUGAACGCUGGUCACCAAUCAAACGACUUUUAACUUUGUUUUCUCAGCUUCUGAAUAAGCAUCGCUGUAAGGAUUUACACUUGUCUGAAACUGUUUUAUCUGGUAAGAGAGCUAAAGCUGCAGGUGAAUUUUGGGGUUCACUGCGUGGACAAAAGCUGGUCUCUUUGUGGGGCAGAAUGGAGGAAUUCCUUUAACUUCAUACAGUCAAAUCACUGUCUAGGCUUUAAAUUAGUUUAAUCCUGCUGUUCACGUAAACCGAGCUGUUAGCGGAAAGCGGCUGGCCUGGCCUUACCCAGGGCACCUGGACACCCCGAUCUUUGAAUCCUGUCCGAACUCUGGGCCCGUGUUUAUCAAACUUCCAAAGGUUUUACGCUUAAAAGUGCCCAAAAGAGCCAAGUUAGGAGUAAAAAAAAGUUAUUUGCCGUGUGUGAGGGGAAAAAAAGCACAUUAUCAAGCAACGGCAAAUUAGGUUUAAGAGCAACUUUCAAGCGAUCGCGUCGUUAAUCGCUUCCAUGCUCAGAGCAGCGAGAGCCAUUUAGAGAGGGAUGCACCCUUAAAAAAAAGAAGAAAAAAAAACCCCUCACACUUUACUCCGUGACUUUCUCUGCACAAAAUAGAAUCGUGUGAAAUCCUUAGUAUGUCCUCGUGCAAUUGUCAGCAGUCUAAGAUAUUUAUAAUACCUACUGUAAAUACAUAGAUAGGGAUGAAAUUACUGAAAAUUAAAGAAAAUUGUGACAGUGAUUGCAAAAAAAAAAAAAAAAAAAUCAAUACAAGAUUAGUUGUUGGUGUUUGAACCCCCGGUAAAUAAAAGAAAAUUAAAAGUGGUGUAACAUCCUGUCAAUGUUCAAAUCAAAUGCAAAUAAUAGGCUGAAACUACGCAACUUGGCCUCAGCUGACGUAUUAUUCACACGCGACCAGCGAUAUAUUUUGUGUCUUCACUAAAAACAGGUGUCGUGUGCUCGACUUCGUCAUCGAUGAUCUGCUUUUCUCUCAAAUUCAACAACAGUUUACAUCAUAAGACAGAGUUUGAGCAGGAGAACGAGUGAAGGAUUUUUACUUUUCUCUUUUCACCUGAGUCCAAACUUUCCCGCUCACUUUUAACAGUUUGAUAAAUUCGGGCCCGGAUCGAUUGAUCCCUCAGAGUCCAACUUUCUUUUGGGUUCACAUGUGACCUGUAGAGAGACUCUGUGAAAGGUCUCCUCAGUUGAUUUUUUUAUUUUUUUAUUUUUAAAAACAGCCUGGCCUGCUUCUAAUGAGUCUCACUUAACACAAGAGUACAUCUUACUGAGCCCUGGUUCUGAACAGAGAGCAAUAGCAGUCACCCGAGGUCCCCAGAAAUAUUUAGAGUACAGUUUCCUCUAUCGGUCUCAUCAAAGGGGGAUUAGCGGUGUUCCUUAAAGCAUCAAAGAUUCAAACAGUCCGAGGAUUGUUUCCUUUUUUUUACCUUAAAAUGUCACAAACAAAUGACACACUACUGACACUUUUAUACAGUAAAAAAAAAACAAAAAACGUGGAAGACAAUUUUGGUGCGUUUCCCUUUUAACAAGUGUUUUUUUUUGUUUUUUUUUUUUCUGUGCAGAAUUUAUGCUCAUAUGAAAAACCGUCUUUUAGGGUCGGACUGAUCAAGUAAAACUGUAUUUUUAUAACCACAUUUAACCCGUGGUUAAAAAAAAAAAAAAAAAAAAAAAAAAAAUUUCCUCGUCUGUCACUUUUCAGAGAAAAUAAAGUCAAGAAAUGGUCUUUAUGGAAAAAGCAAAUUGAAGAUGCACAUAAAGAGAAACAGCCAGAUAAGAGGCAGAGGAUUCCCGGAGUUAUUUUGCUCUUCUUUCCUUCCAUUUGAAAACUGACGUGUGACUAACUGUUGCCUGUAUGUGCCGAGCAUCUCGCGGUGAGCGCCGAUGCACCAUCUGUAAAAGGCCAACGACUCCUAGUUUCUGUAGCUCCGAGAGUUUACCAGUGACCUUGUGUAUCUGAAACUUAACUUAUGACAAAUGUUCUUUGACAGUAUCCUUUAUAAUCAUUUUGAAGAACAUUCUGUAAUGAUUAAAAAAAAAAAAAAAAAAUCAAGUCUCUAUGAGUCAAAUGUCAGAUUACGUUGGUGGUUUACAUCUGGUUUAUGAAAAAAACCCAGAAAUGAUCAGCACCAGAUGAUUUCAGCUUCAGAAAGCUCACUACGUUUGUUUGGUUUGGGGUUACGAACACAAGAUUUGUGCCUAAGAAUCUCUCCGUUUGCCAAAAGCAGCCAAAUUAGAUUUAAUUGCUAAGUUGAUGGUUUGGUAGAAGCUCGGCUCAUACUGGCCCUGCUCUCUCACAGUCAGAUCCAAGUGGCGUUGUGGCGGUGACUCAACGGAUCCCAGAUGGCUGGAGUUUACCGCCGGCUAAAUCGCUGAACGUUCUUUCCGGUACUUUCCCGUGAUUGCUCAGGUGUGGUGGGACACCAGUUAGAUAAGAUAAAAUGCUCCGUGGGCUCAUCGGCUGUUUUCACUUCCACUCAUGAUUUCCCCGAGAUCCCACUGCAAAUAUAACACGUGUCCGGAGUGGAAACGGAGCCGGUCCCCUCAAUGCUGAACUGCGAAGGCAGCAUCUCGAUCAUCGCAGCAGUGAUUUCAUGUCCUUCACGAGCUCAACCGGACUCUCGACGCGUAUAAAAAACGAAGAGUUCAGCCCCCCUCGAAAGAUUUUCACUUGCGUUUAAAACCAUUAUUCUGAUCAUCUUUUUUUUACCCGAGGUUUGCUUUGUUUGUUUCUCUCUCUCUCUCUCUCUCUCUCUCCCUCUUAUGGUGGAAAUUAUGUGCAUCUGCGUUUUGCCGCUGUGGCAGUUUCUGUUGGUUUUAAAAUGUUCAGUAAAACGAAACCUGGGUUCAUUCAGAACAGGCACCACUGGAUGUGACUGCAGCUCCUUCCAUUUCUCUGUUGUACUGUUUCUGUAGUAUCGCUGUAACAUAAAUGUUUUCUAAGUUAUUAAAACCAACAUCCCAGGCAUCUCCUCAAACACACACCGUGUCUGUGCCUUGUUUUUGUUCCGGAAAAGAUUCGUCGAUAGAAAUCCGAUUCCAUUCCUGCAAAUGACGGCGAGCAGAGGAGUGGAUUAUCUUGCGGCAGAAAGUUCCAGAAGUUUCUGGGGGGUUUUUUUGUUUUUGUUUUUGUCCUGCUAUGAAAACAUCACAAGUGAAGUAUUGAUGUAAAAAUACAAAACUACAAAAUCUUCCACGUCCGCCUUUCAUGUCUUCGAGGUCUAAGUCUUUAGGUUUGAUACACGAAACAAAAGAUAUAUUUUUGGUAAAGUGUGACUUCGACGGAUGAUUUCACAGUUAACUAACAGAGGUGCCUGAAAAUAGCCAGAGUUAGGGGAUGCUUUUCUGUCAUUUCUACAAUAUUGUACAACUCUGCUUUAAAUAGUGAAUUUGAGCCAUGGUGAUGAUGCCAUAGAGACAUGCAAUGUCAUUUAAUUUAAUUGAAUCUUAGUUUUCACGUAGAAAUGUGAAUAAGUUAAAUGUCUUUCUCUAUAAAUAACUAGCAUUAAAUCAAAUUGUUAUUAUUGAGUUAUUUGUUUUCUAUUUCGAUGUAUUUAGUAAUUUCUUAAUUUCAAUUGUCACUAUUUGACUUAAAAUUGUCAGUUUUACUUUCUCUUUUUUGUAUUUUACAG